AAAAAAAAAUAAAAAAAUCACUGCAGCAAAAUUCAAUUCUCUCUCUCGUCCAAACGCCGGAAGGAAAUUCAAAUCUCCCAGUCGAGACGAGUCCUCACAAUGCAAAGACUGCUUUCUCUCAAACUGGGCUCUAAUUUCCUCAGAAAUCAAUGCUACAAAACCCCACGUUUCUCUUCAUUUUCCUCCUCCGAAACGUUGCCUUUUGUCCCCAAACCUAACCCAAAUCCUCUCCAGCAUCGCCAUUUCUUCUCCCUCAUCACCACCGCUUCUUCGCAUUCACGGCGGCCAUUGUACGGUUUUACAGAGAGGAUUUCUGGCUUUUCCGUAAACCCAGUGCUUCUCAAGCAGUUCUUUCGGCGGCGGUAUACCCUUGUGAGCAAAGGGUGCUCUGAUUCCGGAGUUCGGUUUUUUAGAUCACGUUUCCAGUUCAGCCCAUCGUUUGAGUCUCAACGCCGUGGCUGGCACUCAUGGUUUCAGAGGCAAACAACUGAUAGCGUGGUUUUGGGCUUGAUUUUAACUAAUGUGGCUGUUUUCAUGUUAUGGCGGAUUGCAGAUCAUCAAUUUAUGACAAAGAACUUUACAGUCUCAGUAGAGAAUUUUAAGAGUGGGCAUGUACACACGAUGAUAACAGCUGCAUUCAGUCAUAUUGACAUUGGGCACCUUAUCUCUAACAUGAUUGGACUUUAUUUCUUUGGGAUGAAUAUUGGAAGGACUUUUGGACCGGAAUUUGUGCUAAAGCUGUAUUUAUCUGGGGCAAUAGUUGGCUCAAUAUUCUAUUUGGUGCAACAUGCCUUCAUUCACCCAUCAAAGAAUGAAAGAACAUGGGGUGUAGACCCUUCAAAGAUUCCAGGACUGGGUGCGAGUGGAGCAGUGAAUGCUAUCAUGUUGCUUGACAUAUUCCUUUUUCCAAAAUCUACUCUGUAUCUAGAGUUCAUCAUUCCUGUUCCUGCCAUCCUGCUGGGGAUCUUUCUUAUUGGAAAAGAUGUGCUGAGAACAAUAGAGGGAGAUAAACAUGUUUCUGGAUCUGCUCAUUUGGGUGGUGCGGUUGUUGCUGCUGUAGCAUGGGCACGGAUGAGGAAGGGUCGUCGCUUUCUCUGACAAAUUCAAUCGUUAUUCAAAAUUCUGACAUUAUGGCUUUUUAAUAUCAUUAGGCUAUAUUUGGUACGAUUAAACGGACGGAAAGAGAAAGAAAAAGAGAGAGGAAGA